CUUUAAGUGAGAGCUAAUUCAGUGAGGGUUUCAUUAUCUGAAAUGUUUCAACGAUUAUGCUCAGCAUUCUCAACGAUCAAGCGUGAAUAAUUAUCGAAAUUAUAACUAACUACAGAGUUCUACUUUCUAGUUGAAUCUUUCACAUGGAAACUAAGAAUCGAACUGAAUAAAUAAAUAUUACAAUCAUUACACAAAACUCAAUUUUUGUCCUAUAUGCAACAGCAACAGUGAAACUUGUACCCAGGUAAUUUUGCUACUACAAGGAGGGGCAGCACUUGCUUUGCCGUAGUAACUCCUAGUCCAUAGCCUUUCUAGUUCUAUCUAUUGAUUCUGAGCAACUAUAAACCUUAGUCCUAGUUCAACUUAGUUUACGUCGCUUCAUUGAGGCACAGAGAACAAUUGGUUGCGAAAUGUAAAACGAUCUCAGGCCUGGGAGAAGUGGAAGAAUUAACUUUCAGUCAUUAUAUUCCGUAAUUCACUAAUUUCAAUAUCAUGUAUUAAACUAAGCCAAAUGAUGGAUGUGCAGACGAAUAAUUCUGUGGCCGGUGGAUUUCCUUGGUCGUUCAGUCCGUGUAAGCGCAUGUAUCCUCCUGGACAUGCAUUCUUUGAGGAUGGAGAUAUAUUCUGCAGUGUUUUGUCAAAGCAAAUUGUUCUUCCUGACGAUCCUGUUGACCUGGAACACCGAGAAGAGAUUGUGUGUGAUCUGAUUGGAUGCCAUCAGAUAUUUCACAAUGUAGACAGCUACGAGGCUCACUAUGACAGUUACCACAGAAAUAUUUGCCUCGAAUGCCGUCGAACAUUUCCAUCAAACUUUCUCUUGGAAUUGCAUAUUCUAGAGAAUCACGACGUUCUAUUCAAACUGAUGUCAAAUGCGAAGUAUACGCACAGGUGUCUGGUCGAAAACUGCCCCGAUAAGUUCUCAGAUGAUGCUGAGCGAAAGGAACAUCUGGUUAAAGUUCAUAAGUACCCAGCAAAUUUCCGUUUCAAUCGUCCAUCAAGAAAACAAAGGAAAAUCGCCAAGGAUACCUCUGAUGAUAUGGAGAUUACAAAUAUCAUGGCUGAUGCUGAUGGUGGAACUACAAGAAAAUCAAGCCAAACUAGCGAUAUGGAGAUAGCAGAUGAACAUGUUGUUGAAAAAAAAAGUCUAAGAAUCCUGGAGAGCGCUGUUGGGCCCGUUAGAGUCGAGGCUGUCCUCUCAAUAUCAGCAAUCCUUUUCUUUGUUAGUUUCAUUACUUUACGGCCUAGUGCCAGAAGGCCGGCUCUGUUGACGAACGGUGGAAAAUCUUUGUUAAAACUUGAAAAAAUCUUGGUUAAAUCUUGGAAAAGGGAAUCAUGGCAUUUUUUUCGAGAGAGGACAAUUGACUCGACAGGUGCCAACACUGGUGACCUUGUGCUCACGACGAACUGAAAAUAUGAUUCCAUAAUUCAAUACUAAAUAAAGAAUAUUAAAAGCAAAUAUAACUUUUUGGGAAUAAAUCAGCUGCAUAUUUUAAAUACAGUUAUUUAAUUCGAACUGCAUAUCGUGGCAUUCAAAAAAAGGAGAAUACGAGUUGGUGUAUAGACUUGAUUUAAUGUCUCCUCAAAUUCAAGACUCAAAAGUAUACCGACCUAUAUCAUCAUUAACUGACUGCUUGGCCUUACAACAAGACUUAGAUCAUCUUGAAGUUUGGAGCCAUAAAAACAAUCUAACUUUUAAUUGUACCAAAUGCAAAAUUCUCACAGUUUCAAGAAAAAAGAAUUCUUGUUUAUUUCCAUAUCGUUUGGAGGGAAACGAACUUGCACGUCGCUUAGAGGAAAUAGAUCUGGGGAUAACGAUUACUUAUAAUCUCAAAUGGGAUUCUCACAUUAUGCGUAUUCGAUCCACGGCAAACAAAUCCUUAAGGGUCUUGAGGCGGACCUGUUAUGAGUUAACGGAUACACAUGUGAGGAGAAUUUUAUACUUGUCCCUGGUAAAGUCGACAGGAAGCUAUGGUUCCCAAGUAUGGUCUCCACAAACUACUAACUUGAUGAAAAGCAUAGAGGGCGUACAGAGACGUGCUACGCUCUGGAUUUUGGGAAUAAAACGAGGAGAUUUGUCUUACGUAGGACGCUUAAAAAAGCUGGAAUUUUUACCUCUUGCCUACGAUAGAGAGAUCAGAGAUUUACUGUUCUACUACAAAUGUAGAAACGGUCUUAUUGACCUUGACAUGGGACAGUUUACGCCAGUUGUCUGUAGCCGAACUAGACGGGGCUCAUCAUCUUACCUACAGAUACCCUAUUGCAAAACUAGUACUUUUAAAUUGUCAUACUUUAAUAGAAUUGUUAAUUUGUGGAACUUUAUCCUAAAAGUAGCUCCUCCCGAUACGUUUUCAACUAUUUCUAGCUUUAAAACAUUUCUGCAUAAGAUUUAUAAGGACCUUCUUUCUAAG